AUGAACAUAGACAUCAUUGAACCCUCAAUCAGGAUACGAAUACCACGUGCACGUCAAAACAACCUCAAGGCAACAGCAGUACUUCAAUUGGAGAGUCAUAUUUAUGUCGGAUGCAACAACGGGGAUUUGCUUGUAUUCAGUAUUUCGGGUCAAUCAGAACCCAUCAAAGAGCCAGAAUAUCCCACUAUUAAUAGUUCGGCUCCAACUUUUCAAUCACUGGCAACAAGAUCGGUUCGAUCGUUAAAAUCAUAUGCUGAUUCGCGCAACUUAUUCGCAGAGAAUCAUGGGUACACAUUGAUGGGCACAUACAAAAAUCUCAUUGGUGACGGCACCGGAAUUUCAUCUAUUCAAUUGCUUCCCCUUGUGAGUCAGCAACCCAAUACACAAAAAACAAUCGUUCUAAUUACUGGCGCCUCGUCGCUAAAGAUUUAUGAACUCGUGGGGAGUCACACCAACCUAGUUUAUUCUCUUGAGGAGACAAGGCUUGCUAAUCCUUUGUAUGUCGAUCACAACGAAAACCGCUUGUUAAUCAUUGGAUUCAAAAAGAGGUUGCUUAUUUUAUCCAUCACGAACAAAUCCCGUAAUGUUUUGCAAUUCAACAUAGUCAAAGAGAUUUCCUUGAAAGAUAGAAUACGAACGAUCAACAAGUACGAUGAGAAUCGAAUAUUGUUAGGAAUUGAAAGAGAUUAUGUCUUGUUGGAGUUGAACACAUUCGGGAUUAGUCUGAUGACGGGAGGCGGUAAUCUGGAAAUUUUCACACACGCAACAUCAUUCACCUAUUUCGGUUUAUCAGUGUCGGAUUCUCUGGUUUGGACUUUGCUUACAGGAGGUAACUUGAUUAUCCUCAUCAAAGAUACGACUGUUGUACAGCUUGAUAAAAGCAGCAAUACAAUUUCUACAUCUCCUAUCAAGUUAUCAACGGUUCCAUUAGCGGUGGUGUUCAUCAAUCCCAUGUAUUUGGUUGUUAUUUACUCAAAGCGAUUGGAGGUGAUAGACAUAAAAGGAUCCAUCAUUCAAAAGUUUCUGCACCAUAUAAUGUCGAAUCAAAUUUUGGCUGACUUUGAUGGCUCAACGUUGGUCUUGGCAUCAGGGUCAAACAUCUUCCAAUUGAACGUAGUUUCUUACCAACAACAGCUAACACAAUACUUGAGCAUCAGUGGUCGAAUUCUGGGCACAUCCAGACAACUCGACAAUGAUUUGAAACUCAUUGGGACAGAUAAGGCUAUUCAGCUUGUGACUCUAUUACCAUCUGAUAGUGGUGAUUAUUUCGAUACUGUUAAAUCAAAAGAACUAAAACUACGGGACUUAUACAAAUUAAAGGCAGUUUACUUGUUUGAAGCAUAUUCGAAAUACCAUGAAUCAUUGGUUGAAAUCGGCUCAGAAUGGUUGCUUUCGUUUCGUGACGUGCUCGCUCUAUUUCCGGAUUUUUUGAACGCUGAGAUUCGCCUUGGAAAGAAUGAAGGCAACGGAAAGGGAGCGCCUUUGCAAAACACACUGAACCCAGUCAAGCAUAUUACCAUAGAGGAUUUAGAAUCAAAUCCAAUAACUGAAUCUGAAUACGAGACGGAUGCUACUGCUAGAAAAUCAAUCAAGCCAGUAAAACGGUCUUUGAAGAUGCAAAAUACGCGGCGCUUUGUCAAAGCCGUAAACAACUUGAUAAUCUAUCUAACAGAACAAAGACGGAUACUAUUACAAUUCCAAGCCAAACGAACUAUUCAAUGGAAACAUGUUGAGCUCGAACCGAUAGACAUCUACCCUCCUGUGGAGAAUCAAUUGAAACAAGUUUCGAUAAUUAUUGACACAUCCUUGUUCCUUUGCUAUUUCUAUUGUAAACCCAUGUUGCUCGGUCCAUUACUUCGUUUACCGAAUAAUCAAUGUGAUUCAAAAAUUGUGCACCAGUGUUUGAUGAGCAAUGUGCAUAAUCAUAUACAGCAGAGGAAUCUCAAACAACCAAACUUUAUAAAGGAGUUGCUUGAUUUUUAUUACGGUCGUGGGUUACACAAGGAAGCGUUACAAAUGAUGUAUAAUUUAGCACAUGAUGAAGUUCAACCUAGUCAUUCAAAUGAGGAUGAUAAUGUGUAUGAUGAUUUCAUUAGGAGUCCGCAAUUGACAGUGCAGUAUUUACUGAAGUUGACAAAUGAGCACUUAUCGCUCAUAUUGGAAUAUGCUGAAUGGGUCAUCGACGACGAUGCACUGAAUAGUAAAAGGUUGUUUAUGAAUGAUUCAUAUGAAUGCGAGAGUUAUGAUCCCGAAAUGAUUUAUCUGUUCUUCAUCAAAAGAAAAUCAUAUUCCACCGCCGUUACAUAUUUGGAAUGGUUAUUAAACGAAAGUGAUAUAAAAGAAAAGUUGAAAAAAACCAAAUCAUUCAACGCUUUCGAAACAAAGCUUUGUUGUUUGUAUUUGAAGGAAAUCAAGAAUGAAGUGAAUAAGGAUGAGUAUUAUAAUAAGCUCUGCACGGUGUUGUCACAAAGUGAGCUUUAUGACCCUUGGCCAGUGUUGAAGGAUAUACCAACCACCGAUGAUAAAAUGUUGAGAUUGACUGUUUUUGUUUACAAAAGACUUGAAGAGCAUGAAAAAGCCAUUGAUGUAUUGUACAGCCAAUUGAACGAUUUGGAUGCGGCAAUGAAGUAUUGCUCACAGAUGUAUGAAAAACCCAAUGGCGCCAUCUUGGGUACAAAUUUGUUUCAUAAAUUACUUGAAGAUUUGCUUUUAGAUCUAGAGGAAAAUAUUGAUGAUAUUUCUACUUUGCUAUCUCAAGAAGGGUCGAAAAUGUCGGUGCACAAAGUGUUUGAACUUCUUCCCCCAUCAUUUCCAUUAAAUAAAUUAUCACAUUUCCUUACGAGUCAGAUUCAAAAAGUUGGCAACAAAGUGCAUGAGUCUAGAAUGUGUUCUCAAUUGUACAAGGCAGGCUCGACGAAUUUGAAGCACAAGGUACUCAAUUUGCAAGAUGAAGCUUACAAGAUCAACUCUAGUAAGCAAAAGUGUUCGAUAUGUAAUGAGAGGUUGGGUUAUGGCUAUUUCACUGUGUCGAGUGACGAGUCUAUUGUGCACUAUGGAUGUGCUCAGAAGAUGAAAAAUGUCAAGGAAAUUGAUAGAGUAGCGAAAAAGUAG